AGUUCCCGGACGAGCUGCAUCACCGUUGCCGCUACCCUUGAUCUACCUUGCCUUGUAUGGACCAGACCUGACCUAACAGUGACAAACACCUCCAGUCAGCAACAAGAACCGUCAGCUUCCCUCCAGCUGGCCUGUCGUCUUUAAAUAUCCCAUUUCCCACGGUCAAUAUCUUGGCAACGAACCUGAUCCUGUCCUGUAUGCAAUUCGCACGCUCGACGACCCUCAUCACCUCUGCCAUAGUCCUCUUGACCACCAUCUUCGUGACGCACACCUACACGAACCUCUUUACACGCCUACCUAUCCCCCUUUUCAGAUCAAACACCACGGACACAAUGGGCGGCGGUCCAGUGCAAGGCUUCCGCUCGGUAGCCUACUUUGUCAAUUGGGCAAUCUACGCUCGCAAGCACCGUCCCCAAGACCUCCCCGUCGAGAACCUCACCCACAUCCUCUACGCCUUUGCCAACGUCCGCUCCGACUCGGGCGAGGUCCACCUCACCGACGGCUGGGCCGACACAGACAUCCACUGGGAGGGCGACAGCUGGAACGAUGUCGGGACGAACCUCUACGGCUGCAUGAAGCAGCUCAACCUGCUCAAGCGCCGCAACCGCAACCUCAAGAUUCUCCUGUCCGUCGGCGGCUGGACUUACUCGUCCAACUUCAAGGCCCCGGCCAGCACGCCACAGGGCCGGGAUACCUUUGCUCGCAGCUGCGUCGACCUCAUCAAGAAUAUGGGCUUUGACGGCAUCGACAUUGACUGGGAAUACCCCCAAACCCCCUCAGAAGCCUCCGACUUCGUCGCCCUCCUCCAGGCCGUCCGCUCCGCAAUGGACCAGUACGCCUCGACGCUGCCAGAGUGGUACCACUUCGAACUAACAGUCGCCUGCCCCGCCGGCGCCCAAAACUAUCAAAAGCUCAACCUCCCCGCCAUGGACCCCCUCCUCGACUUCUGGAACCUCAUGGCCUACGACUACGCCGGCUCCUGGGACUCCCUGGCGGGCCACCAGGCCAACCUGCAGCCCUGCCAACGCAACCCGCGCUCGACGCCCUUUAGCACCGCCGCUGCCUUGGCGCACUAUACCUCGCAUGGCGUGUCCCCGGACAAGAUUGUGCUGGGUAUGCCGCUGUACGGCCGCGCGUUUGAGAAUACCGAUGGCCCGGGGACGCCAUACUCUGGUGUCGGGGAGGGGAGCUGGGAGAAUGGCGUGUUUGAUUUCAAGGUGCUGCCGAUGCCGGGCGCGCAGGAGUAUCAUGACGAGGAGACGGGGGCGAGUUACUCGUAUGAUGCUGGGAGGAGGAAGAUGGUUACGUAUGAUACGGUGCACAUGGCGAGGAAGAAGGCUGAGUAUAUCAGGGGAUGGGGACUGGGAGGGGCCAUGUGGUGGGAGAGCAGUGCCGAUAAGCCUGGGCACGAGUCGUUAAUUGGGAACGUCGUUCAUACGUUUGGUGGUCCGCAUGGGCUAUUGCGGCGGGAUAACUGUCUGACGUAUCCCGAGACGAAGUACGACAAUUUGCGGAAUGGGUUCGCGGGUUGAGGUGUCAAAGAGAUAGAACAGAACACCAAGCGAUCAAACUUGCAAACAUCAACGCCAGUUACAUGUCACAAUCACGUCAUAAGCAAGCAGUGAGACUCAAGAGUGAGAGAAUGGUCAUAGUGUCAUGAAAUUGCAUCGUCAUUGCCAGCCAGUGAUGUGUACAUCAACGCCCCCAUUUUGUGUGCGGCUUUCUGCCGACUAGAAUG